ACAACACUCAUGCAAUUAUUGUUUUUUAUUAAACAUUGAUUAUCAUGUUGAGGUCAAUAGUGAUCUUCAUGCUUGUAAGCUCCGUUCUCUUAGCUAGUGGUGCUCCACUUGAGUCUGGUUUUUUCCAACAAGAAAACAGUCGUGGCAAUUAUUAUUCCUCUGGAGCACAUCAAAAAGCAGAGUCUUCGUAUUCUACUGCUCCCUAUAGUUAUUACUAUUCUGCUCCAUCGGUACAAGAAGAAAGCUCCAGUUCGUAUUACUAUAGCUUCCCUUCGCAGACAUCAUCUUCAUCUGUUUACUAUUCUACCCAGUCUCAACAACAAACACCCGUCUAUACUGUGCCCAGCCAGUCGUCAACAACUUCGUAUUAUUACAGUUCUGGUGGCUCUCAACAACAACAAAGCAGCAGCUAUUAUUCCUCUCCCACUCAACAAGAAACAUAUUACUACUACUCUCCAUCGGAGACAUCAUCAUCUUCAUAUUAUUAUAGUUCAAGUCAGUCUGGUCAAGGAGAACAAAGCAGUUAUUCUAGCCCAUCAACAAGUUCGUCAUAUUCUACCUAUUAUGGAUAGGAGAUAGGGUUACUUUUUGUUCAAAGAAACAAUUUGUGAGCAUAAAACUUCAUGGUGUAAUCUCUUCAGUUGUUUCCCAUCAGCAUUUUUCUUCCCAUGUUGAUCGAUCGAUCAUUGGCACCG